UGAAGCUAUGAUAAAAUUAUCUCCGUAUAAUUUAUAUAUCACGUAUUUGUAUAGUAAAAACAUCUACUAAUACUUGUAUUAGGUACUGCCCUUUUUAUCUUCUUGUGUCUUAUUUCUUAACAAAGUAUUUCACAUUUUCUUCUUGGUCAGCCAUUUGUAAGAUGCUCUUGGCCUAACUACUUCAGUACCCAUACAUUUCAUUGUUGUCUUUUUGUUCCCUUAAUCCAAUAAAAAUACAUCCACACAUCCUAAAGAGAAAACAAUAGAAAGAUAGGAAAAAUACCAGAGAGGAAGUGAUGACCAUGGCACAAAUAUUUAGAGCAAUAUUAUUUCAAGAACCAAGUACAAUUUUCAUCAAAAUCAUGGUAAUGAUGAAUUUAGUAUUUUCUGCAAUAUUGGGUAUUUCAGAAGGUUUUGGAAUACAGAAUCUUGAAUAUUCAAAGUUCUGGAAUGUGAAUUCUCAAAAGCAAGUCAAAACUAAGGUCCCAAGUAGAAUUGGAAUGCUUAUAGCUUAUACCCCUACUCUAAUAGCAUGUUUAAGUUUCUUUUGGAUCUUCCCAAAUGGUGGAAUCAGAUUUUUCAUGCUCAACUCUGCUACUGCCAUUCAUUUCUUCAAAAGAGUUCUUGAGGUUCUGUUUGUACACAAAUACAGUGGUGCCAUGGCUAUGAACUCUGCAAUUACUAUCUCCUCAUCCUACUUAAUGGCCUUUUCAAGCUUGAUAUAUAUUCAACACUUGACUGAAGGAUCAUCAGACCCAAAUAUUGAUUUGAAGUAUCUUGGUUUUAUUGUAUUUUUAGUGGGAAUUAUUGGCAAUUUUUACUACCAUUUUCUCCUUUCUAAUAUGAGAAAAAAGGGUGAAAAUGGCUAUAAGAUUCCCAAAGGUGGCCUAUUUAACCUAGUUAUAUGCCCUCAUUACCUUUUUGAGAUUGUCACAUUUUUUGGGUUUUCUCUUAUUAGCCAAACUUUAUUUUCUUUUUCUUCUACAAUAGGCGCAGUAUUUUAUUUGACGGGGAGGAGUUAUGCUACUAGGAAAUGGUACAUUUCCAAAUUCGAAGAUUUCCCUAGAAAUGUCAAGGCUUUAAUACCUUUUGUAUUUUAAAUGAAUUUCUUGUAUAUCAGAGCUGCUAUGAUCAAUUAAGAUAUUGUAUAUGGUCAAAAUCGGGCUGGCCUAAUUUUGUAUGACUAAUCGAAAUCGGGGUGGCAGAUCAGGGCUCAGCCUCGGUAAUAUCAAACCAUGGUGCGAAGGUAAGUCGGUGAGCUCGUGGAUCAAUGACCGAUCAAGAUCGAGACUAGCUGGGAUCGAGACCAAAGCAAGAAAGAGAUCAAAGGGAGCAUGCUAAGUCGAAUAACAGAAAGCCGAGAUAUCCGUGGUCAGGCACACACUUGUACAGGUCCCUUUCAAUACCACGGAAAGCAUCCCUAUUAAUCAGGUAAACCUAGGUUAACACUGCUUCAGACCAUAAAGACUUUUGAAGAUUCAUCUCAAAGGAAGGUGCCCUAAUAACUUCCAAUAAAUGUCUCUUUUUCCAUUCUGCAACCCCAUUUUGCUGUGGGGAGGAUCGUGACGGAAUCUCGGCACGUAUCAAGUCAGGAUCGGUUAUCUAGUCUAUCAAGGGAUUUGCUUCUGUAAUUAGAAUUGUACCGUAAAUAGAACUCCUCUACUAUAUAAAGAGGGUCCCAAACAUUCUGUAGGCAUCAUACAUUCACGCAUAACCAAGCAAUAUAUUACAUUCUUUAUCUCUUA